UGCAGCGUUGUUUCGUCACGCAAGCAAGAAGUCAUUUCUGCGGGCGCUCGUUUCCUAGUCAGAGACACGAAGAACGUGAAGCGCAGGAGCUCCCAUCUGGGGAGAAACGACAGCAGCAUCUUCCGCGCUUCCCAACCCGUCAAAGGCACGCUCCGCUCGGCGUGAGGACCUUACGGCGGUCAGGCAGACCUCCGAUCUUCUUUUCGCCAUGGACUCCCCGUGUUCUCGCCGCAACCGAACGCCGAAGCAGUAAAACGCUGGAAAUACCAUAACUCAGAAACUAUUUUUGGGGGGUGGGGGGGGUACAAAACCCAACUUCUCGGACUUUUUUGAAUUUUUCUCCUGCUUGUUCACUUCACUUGAACGCGUUUGAAACUAGGAACCAUGGUGAACCCCGGAGGAAACGGCCAGCAGCAGCCGCCGCCGUCCAUGUCCGCCGGCUCGCUGCCGUGGAAACGUUGCGCCGGCUGCGGCGGGAAAAUCGCCGACCGCUUCCUCCUGUACGCCAUGGACGGCUACUGGCACAGUCGCUGCCUCAAGUGCUCGUGCUGCCAGGCGCAGCUGGGCGAGAUCGGCACGUCGUGCUACACCAAGAGCGGCAUGAUCCUCUGCCGGAACGACUACAUCAGAUUAUUCGGCAACAGCGGCGCUUGCAGCGCAUGCGGACAGUCCAUCCCCGCCAGCGAACUGGUCAUGCGGGCGCAGGGCAACGUCUACCAUCUCAAGGGUCUCCAGGCCUCCACCUGCCGGAACCGCCUGGUCCCGGGCGACCGCUUCCACUACGUCAACGGCAGCCUGUUCUGCGAGCACGACCGACCCACGGCGCUCAUCAACGGCCAUUUGAGCUCGCUGCAGACCAACCCGCUAUUGCCGGACCAGAAGGUGUGCUAAACGAACACCACGUGGGAAAGCAGGGAUGUGUGCCUUCAUUUUAGCCCCCCCCCCUCACCCCAC